AAGCAUCUUUCCGCGUUUACAAAACCCUAAUUCCUUCACUCAUUAUAGUCUCCCUUCCUGACACAUCUCCCUCAGCCUUCACUCUUGCUCUCGGAAGAACGCUCGCCUCUUUACAGAUCUGAUUUUUGAGCGAAACGUUUUUCUUCCGCGAAGCGAUAUGGCUCUGGUCCUGCAUUCUUGGACUCCUAGCAAAAAUGUUUACAAGGUUUUAAUAGCUGCGGAAUACAAUGGUGUCAAAGUUGACCUUGCCCCAGACUUCACCAUGGGUGUAAGCAAUAAGAGUCCUGAAUUUCUUAAAAUGAAUCCUAUUGGGAAGGUUCCUCUUCUGCAAACACCCGAUGGUGCUAUCUUUGAGAGCAAUGCUAUUACCCGCUAUGUUGCUUGCUUGAAGGACAGCGGUUUAUAUGGCUCUUCUCCAAUUGAUUAUGGACAUAUUGAGCAAUGGAUUGAUUUCUCUUCGUUGGAAAUUGAUAGUCAUAUUUCAACUAUUCUGGCGCCUAGAUAUGGAUAUGGUGUUUACUAUGCUCCUGCAGAAGAAGCCGCGAACGCUGCCCUAAAACGAUCUCUUGGUGCUUUGAACUCCUACCUUGCUUCAAACACAUUCCUUGUUGGACACUCUGUGACACUGGCUGAUAUCGUUUUGACUUGCAAUCUCUAUUAUGGAUUCACCUAUAUUUUGCCUAAGAGCUUUACUUCUGCCUUCCCUCAUGUUGAGAGGUACUUCUGGACAUUGGUCAAUCAACCAAAUUUCAAAAAGAUAAUUGGUGAGGUUAAGCAGACGGAUGCUGUCCCACCAGUGAAAACUCCUGAAGAGGCUGCAGCAGCUGCCAAAGCAAAGGCUGAGCCCAAGAAACAAGAAGAGAAGCCUGCAGCACCUGCUGAGGAAGAGGCACCAAAGCCCAAAGCCAAAAACCCCCUUGACUUGCUUCCUCCUAGUUCGAUGAUUUUGGAUGAUUGGAAACGACUCUACUCGAACACUAAGACUAACUUCCGUGAGGUUGCAAUCAAAGGAUUCUGGGACAUGUAUGACCCAGAAGGGUACUCCCUUUGGUUCUGUGACUACAAAUACAACGAUGAGAAUACCGUUUCAUUUGUGACUUUGAACAAAGUUGGUGGGUUCCUCCAGAGAAUGGAUAUUGCUCGGAAGUAUGCCUUUGGAAAGAUGCUUGUGAUCGGAUCAGAGGCACCAUACAAGGUGAAGGGACUAUGGCUUUUCCGUGGAAAAGAAAUCCCCCAAUUUGUGCUUGAUGAGUGCUACGAUAUGGAGCUGUACGAGUGGAAGAAGGUGGAUAUCUCGGAUGAAGCCCAGAAGGAGAGGGUGAACCAAAUGAUCGAAGACCAGGAACCAUUUGAGGGUGAAGCUCUUUUGGACGCCAAAUGCUUCAAGUGAGAAAAUAGCGGAAACUUUUAAUUUAUUGUUGGGAACAUUAGAGAGUUGAGUUUGAGAGAAUUGUUUCUGUGGACGUUUUUUAGUCAGAUUUUGUUUUCUGCCUCCAUUUCGAAUAGAUUUUGUCACUUUUUACUGA